AUGGCGCAUUCACGGAACCCACGUUUGUCACGCAUUUUGGAGGCUAUGGAAUCUAAGAAAGAUUCCGUAAGUACUGAAAACCCCAAACUAAUAUCCAUGGACGACCUGGAUUAUAAUUUUACACGCGAUGCAAAUCCGAUUACUGUCGAUACUUGUAGAUCUCCUUCUUUAUUACAAGAACGAGCACUACCUCAGUCCGUUAGUCAUACUAUGGAAGCUGAUGUUCAACCAGUUGAUGACGGAAUACCAAAUCCAUAUUUGAGCGGUACUGGUUUUCAAGAAUUAACUCCAGAAGAAGACCUUACCAGACCAGGUCCUAGCAGUAGAGCAAGAUCCAAUUCAACUAGCUCGAAAUCAUCUUCAAGUUCAUCAUCAACAAGUUCAUCUACAUCAUCUUCAUCUAGUGCGUCUGAAUCGGGUAAGGACUUUUCCCCUGAUGAGGCAGAUUGUGAUGCUGAUUAUGUACCAACAACCCCACCUAGGCGUGUAUUAUUUAGCCCAACUCCUCAAAAUAGUAUCUCUGUACAACUAGUUGAUGAAAAUAAUUUGGGUCCUCCAGAACAAAACAGAACUCCGAACAAACGAAGGCGUAAAGGAUUUCCAAAAGCAUCCGUGAGGCAAGAUGCUAAAAGACUUCGUAAUAGUGGGCAACAAUAUACUUCUGUGUCCCAGUUAAAAAAAGUCAUGCCAAAGAAGCAGAUAGGACCCCCAUGUGGGGAAAAAUGUAGACUAAAGUGCAGCGAAUUGAUCAAACAGGAAGGCAGAGAAAUUAUUUUUGACAAUUAUUGGAAAAUGGGAGAUUUAUCUAGACAAAGAGAUUAUAUUGCAGAGUGUAUUAAUGUUAUUACACCUAAGUAUCAAUAUAAAGUACAUAAUAGCAAUAGAGGACCUAAACAUUCAUUUUCAUUCGAGAUUAACAAUAUUAAGCAUCGUAUCUGUAAAACAUUCUUCAAGAACGCGUUGGCCAUUAAUAAUCGACCUAUUGCAACUGUAACAGCAAAAAAGAACCAAGCGGGAACGAUUGAAGAAGAAAAAAGGGGUAAACAUGGAAAGCAGUACAAAAUAAGCUUAGAUAUAAUUAAAGGAAUAAAAAACCACAUAGACUCAAUCCCAAGAAUUGAAUCUCAUUAUGUAAGACAACAAACGACUCGUGAAUUUAUUGAUGGGGGUAAAAACCUUACAGAUCUUUAUACCGACUACCAAACACAAUGCUUGAGUGAUGGUGUUGAAGCUGCUAAAAUUCAUACAUAUGGAAAAGUGUUUAAUGAAGAUUACAACAUUGGCUUUCACACACCUAAAAAAGAUCAGUGCGAACUAUGCAUUAGCUUUAAAAACGCUGUUGAUAAAACAAUAGAAUUACAAAACAGAUACGACCAACACUAG